AAGAAAUAAAUAAUUGCGAAAUUCCAUUACCAGCAGAAGAUAUUUAAUGAAUGUAUUGGCAUCGAAUGACAUUUUCUGUCAUUUGUAAAUAUGUAAAGUAUCUGCACGGCAAAAUUACUACAUAACAGUGUGAAUAAAACUUGAUAUACUCAUUAAAUACAUAUAUACAAAUAACACAAGUAACAUUACAACUACACAUCUUGUUCACCCCACCAUUUCCUAUUCGUUACCUUACAGCUUCAGCUACCACCGUUAUCUCGUAAGACGAUAACUCCGUUUCUAAAGUUUUAGAUAAUUAUACUUACUUCGUGCCGUUACCAUAGUGUUUACGAACGUCUUGCGGAGUGCGAAUUGUUAUACAAAGUGCCUUAGAUUAAUCACAAAUAUUUGAUAGAUAAUUGGAUUAAAUUGUCAUCAAGUAUUUGGUGGAAACUUUAUAAGGAAAGGUUACAACAAACACAUGACGAACGCGCUGCCACCUGACGUCGACGCUUUUGCUUCCAAUGGAAAGUCUGGUAUCGAAACGAUAACAAUUAAUAAGAAAAAAAUUAAUAAUUAAACUCGAAUAUAAGGUCAAUAGCAUAGUUUAUUGAAAAAUCAAGCUAUCAAGAAAUUUUUCGAGAACUGAGGAAAUAUCAUAAAGGAUAAGCAUACAUUCGUGCAACCAUGCAGUAUUCAUAUGUGUUUGUUCUAGAUUAACACGUGGGUUAUAAGUAAGAAAAAUACAAGCUAAUUGAGGACUCAAAUGCAGUGACACAAUAAAGAUGACAUCAGUUAAAGAAAAGAAGCGACGAUUGAUGUCUGAAAAUGCUGAAGCAACCCUUGAUAAGCCAAAAAUUGUUUUAAAACCAGUUGUGGGAGAUGAAUUCUCAGACAAUAUAAAUAUUACUAAAGCUUUUGCAGGAAUUUUGAAAGAUAAAAAAAAUACAGCUACUGCAAUCAAGAGUUUAACAACUAUUUUACCAUUACCUGGAUACUUCAAACGAUGUUCUAAUGGUAAAUUACUUCUCACCUUUUUUAAUGACCAAUCAAAUCAAGACAAAGGUCAUUAUUUAUCAUUCACUUCACAAGAAGAUUUGAAAAAAUAUUUAAUUGAUCAUGAAUUUAACCUAGAACUAUUAAAACAUGAUUUUUUAAUUGUGACUGUGCCUAAAAAUGCACCAAAAACAAAGAUUCAAGCUAAAAAGGCAUCACACUAUUGGCCAGUUAAUUUUCAUCCUGAUCUUCAUAUAGAGGAAUUGUUAAGUGGAGAUUUUUUUAAUUCAGCUCAACUUGAAAUUAUUGAAGCAUGUAUGAAAGUUUGCAUUGAAUCAGCAAGACGAGAAUCUAUUGGGAAUGAUAAUUGUAAUGGAAGUACGGUGAUAUUCAAUCCUAAUGACGGUAGCGUUGGUCGAAUUAUUGCAGUAGCUGCUUCAAGAUUAAACGAACAUCCUUUAUGGCACUCAGCAAUGCUUGCAGUGGAUCUUGUAGCUAAAAUGCGAGGUAGAGGAGCAUGGAAACUAAUUACAAAAGAUAAUUCUGAUGAUUUUUCUCAAAAUUUAUCUGUUGAUUAUCACAAGAGAAAAUUAGAGUGUCAACAAAAUCCUUUAUGUUAUCCUGAAUGCUUAAACUCAAUAGAUAUUCCUAUUUUCACACAAACUGCUGACAUUAAGUCAUCAAUCAAAUAUAAUAAUGAUAACAACGAUACAGAUUGCUCCUAUUUGUGUACAAGUUAUUGGGCAUUUUUAUUACAAGAACCGUGUCCUUUAUGUGCAAUGGCUUUAUUGCAUUCAAGAGUUUCAAUGAUUUUUUAUGGAGCUUCAAAUAAAUCUCGUGGAGUUCUAGGGAGCAAGUCUUUGCUUCAUACAUUGGCUGGAUUAAAUCAUCGUUAUAAAGUCUGGUCUAGUGUCCUCGAGGAUGAUUGUAUGAGAAUUGUACUCGAAAUUUCUCAACGCAGCAAUAAAAUUAUUUAGAAAAAUUUGUGUGGUGUCCAGAAUGAAUGGUAGUUAUGAAUGUACAGUACAAAUCACAUAAAUGAUUCAAUGUUAGCUAAAAUUGUAGUUAACUGAUCUAAAUAUUAAGAACGAUGAUGUUCUACGCAGGGACUGAAUAAUCUUUAUCAUAUUUUUAUUACGUUGUUGAUUCUUUCUGGAGAUAAUGUUAUUUUGAUAUUAUUAAGCAUAUG